AUGUUUCAGGAUGCUGAUUUUCCAUUAAAGCUCUUCGUUCCAAUCAUCACGAUUUAUUUAGCUAUUUGCUCAUUAAUUGUUAUUGCAAUUGACCAUUCGAGUAAACCAUAUACAAGGAUGUCGUUUGGCGAUGCAUUCUACUUCUCUUACAUGACAAUGGCAACGAUUGGCUUGGGUGAUGUGAUGCCGACAAAUGUGGAGCAUAAUCCGCUAAUUGCGCUAACAUUUCCCGUUGGCCUAACACUGCUCUCAAUCGUCAACAGUGGUGCUUACAAGCAACUGGAGGCUCGCUUUGUCAGUACCAUGAAUAACCUGGAACUGUUGCUGGAACGGCUGCAGCAUCGUCCGCCGGGACAUAUGGUUUUCCGCUGGAUGGCACCAAAUAUUGAGGUAUAA